UUGGAUCGUCUGACUGGACAGCGGGCAUCGGGUCACCAGGUAUGACCGCGGGCUCUGGGUCAGACAUUGGAUCGUCUGACUGGACAGCGGGCAUCGGGUCACCAGGCAUCAGGUCAUUUGGCUCGACAGCGGGCACCGCGUCAUCUGGCAAGGCAGUGGGCUCCGAGUCAACAGGCACGACAGUGGGCACCGGGUCAGCGGGCACCGGGGUCACCAGGCAUUGGAUCGUCUGGCUCGACAGCGGGGCAUCGGGUCACCAGGCAUCAGGUCAUUUGGCUCGCCAGCGGGCACCGCGUCAUCUGGCAAGGCAGUGGGCACCGAGUCACCAGGUACGACAGCGGGCUCUGAGUCAAUUGGCACGAUAGCGGGCACCGGAUCAGGUACCGGAUCAUCUGGAUCAACAGCGGGCAUCGAGUCAACUAGCCUAAUAGGAUCAGAGGCAUCAGGCAGAAGAGAGGGAUCAGGCAGAAGAGAGGCAUCAGGCAGAAGAGAGGCAU